AGAUGGAGAUGGCCAAAGCCCGGAGCCAGCUGGAUGCCGUUCUGCAGUGUCUGCUGGACAAGAGUCACAUGGACAGGGAACGUCUAGAUGAAGAUGCUGGGAAAACGCCCUCAGAUACACACAAUAAGGAUUGCUCCAUCGCUGCCUCAGGCAAAAGGCCCUCUGCCCGCUUCCCCCACCAGCGGAGGAAGAAGAGGAGGGAGAUGGACGAUGGGCUGGCAGAGGGGGGUCCUCAGAGAUCCAACACAUAUGUGAUCAAGCUGUUUGACCGGAGUGUGGAUCUGGCCCAGUUCAGUGAGAACACGCCAUUGUACCCCAUCUGCCGUGCCUGGAUGCGUAACAGCCCCUCAGUGCGAGAGCGAGAGCGGGAGCGCUCGCCCAGCUCACCACUGCCCCCUCUGCCCGAGGACGAGGAGGGUUCAGAGGUCAUUAACAGCAAAAGUCGUGAUGUGUACAAGCUGCCUCCACCCACAGCCCCUGGACCACUUGGAGAUGCCUGCAGAUCCCGAAUCCCAUCCCCACUGCAGCCUGAGACCCAGGGUACCCCCGAUGAUGAACCCUCCGAGCCUGAACCGUCUCCCUCCACACUCAUCUACCGCAACAUGCAACGUUGGAAACGCAUACGCCAGAGGUGGAAGGAGGCUUCUCAUCGGAACCAGCUUCGUUACUCAGAAAGUAUGAAGAUCCUGCGGGAGAUGUAUGAUCGGCAGUGAUGGUCCCAGUUCCCCACCCCAAUAAACCUGCUCCCAACACACA